AUGUCGGUUGAACUCUGUGACUCUGACAACGACGUGGUCGCCACUGCGGACGCGCCCGCGCCGCAAAAACCGUCCGCCCCGGCGCCGGCGAAGGCCAGCGCUGCACCGGCGAAGGCGGAGAAGAAGCGGAGCAGAGAGGCGGCGCCGCCGUUGCCCUAUGGAUGGAUUCGGAAGGAAUCCAAAUCCAAGAAGGGAGCGUAUUACUAUGCCAACAUCUUGACAGGAAAGACACAAGUUGAACGCCCUGGGCCAAAGAUUGCUCGGAGUCGCCCUGCAGGAAAGGAGCCUGAGGUGGCAAAGCCGCUGGCCACGGAAGUGGUGCAACAGAGGCAAGCCGAAUACGAAGCUGCUGAAGCAGAGCUAGAAGCAGCCAAACGCCAGGCCGCUGAAAGGCGAGCGGCACAGAAGGUGCUGGACUGUUUGGUCCUGGGACAACAAAAGGGUGACUGCUAUGGCCCGGAUCUCCCCGGCUAA